ACAGCCAUGGCCACUUGGUAUCACUUGCUCUUAGUUUUUCUUCUGACUGGGUUUUGCACACUUGAGAAAUCGUCAGUUCAUACCUUUGCAAGUGGACCGACUCCCGGCAAACCACAGAAUGUCAGCAAAAAUGACCCAGCUGUUAAACAGGCUGUCCUAACUGCAACUUACUCCUUUAACAAUCAGUCAAAUGAUGCCUUCUUUUUCAAGGCUUCUGCUAUUGAUGAUGCGCAAAGACAGAUUGUUAAAGGUGUCAUGUACAUUCUGGAGGUAGAAAUAUCUCGGACCAAGUGUAAGAAGAGAGAGACCAAUGUUGACCUUGCUAAGUGUCCCUUCCAGUCAAAACGUGUGUUGCAAGAGACAUUGCUUUGUAAAUUUGAGGUGUGGGCUAUACCAUGGCAGAAAAUAAUGAAGACCACAUCUUUCUUUUGCUCUGCUUCAUAUCGUAGUAAGCCAGCCUUAUAAAUCAUUUUCCCAGUACUACAAAUAAUAAUGUAAAACAUGUAAUGGGAAACUGAGUUAACAGAUAUCUGAGUAAAUCUGGCAAAGAAUAAAUGACCCAACUAGCAUUUGGAAAAAUAUGUGGAUUUCCAGUUUAAUCUGUUCAAUAGUUUGCAUGUGAAUGCUGCACUUCAGAGAGUCUAGGAGUGGUACAAUGAAAGGUGGAGAAAGCUUGCUUUUAGUAUACCGCUUACGAUAAUUGAAGGUUUUACAGUACAUGCAUCUUUUGUUUGAAUAUAAAUACCAAAUAUGCUCAGUUUUCAAUGUCGAAUCCAAUUAUACAAAGUAGAUGAAUCUGAAAGUUAGAUUUUUGCAUUAUGAUGUGGAUAAAGAAAUAAAAAUAGCCUUAAAGGCUCCUA